AUGGUGCUACAAAGUUCGUCAGGUCUGUGGCUGGCUGAGUUAUCAUUGUCAAGUCGGUUUAUUAGGAACUUUUUUCGUAAAGGUUUAUGUCCACCAAAUUUUACUUGCAAAAACAGUAAUCCAAGGGUUUAUCAUUUAAGACUGUUGGCUGACCGACAAGUAUCACAUUACUGGCGACUCAUCAGACAUCAUGCCCAAAGAUUUUAUGCUUCGGGGUCAGGGUCAUCUGUAGUGGAUAAACACAAGAGUGAUGCCGUUACACAGAAGGAACCGUUGGGAGAAGUUGGAACAUUUAAGGCAGAACUUAAACCCAAACUGACAGAACCACUGGUACAAAAUUUCUUCCUGGGAAAGUUAGAUCCGAUCUUUCUGGUGUACCCCCAAGUCAGUAAACAAGAGCUAGAGCAGAUCAAUGAGCUGGUGGCUCCUAUUGAAAGGUUCUAUGACACCUUGGACUCCAGGUCAAUCGAUGAGAAUGCCAAGAUUCCUGAUGAUGUCUUACAGCAAGUCAAAGACUUGGGUCUUUUUGGGUUGCUGAUUCCAGAGCAGUAUGGUGGACUAGGUCUCAAUGCCGUACAGUACGCUCGAGUGAAUGAAGUGACUGGGCGGGAUGGAGCUAUUGCUGUGACACUUGCUGCUCACCAAUCCAUAGGAUUGAAGGCCAUUCUGCUGGCUGGGACAGAGGAGCAGAAGCAGAAAUAUUUGCCCAAACUGGCCACAGGAGAACAUAUAGCAGCAUUUUGUUUGACGGAACCUUCCAGUGGCAGUGAUGCAGCCUCCAUCCAGUCAAAAGCUACCCUCUCCGAGGAUGGGAAGACCUGGCAUUUGACCGGGUCCAAACUGUGGAUCUCUAAUGGAGGCAUUGCGGAUGUGUUCACAGUCUUUGCUAAAACUGAUGUCACAACACUAGAG